GGUGACGUAUAUAUUCUGAUUCACAACCUAUUGUACAUAUAAUCAGAUCCAUAACUAGGCUGCAAUAACUAUUUGGUGGCUAAAAAGAAACAAACUAGAAAAUGUCAAUAAACCCGAAUCUACAAGCGUUCAGAAUAAAUUCAAAUAGAAACAACAACAAUAAUAAUAUCCAUAACAUUAAUAACUCUGACAGCGACAACAACGACCAUAAGAAUAGUUUUAUAAGAAUCAGGAACAAGAAAAGCCACAAAUCCAGAAUGAAUUCGAGACAAAAUGCUGCAAAUUCACCACAGUUGAGCAAACGCCCUAUCCAGGCCAAUUAUGACACCACUUCUAGUAUCCUAUCCGACUACGAAGACCUAGAAUUUGUAGAAGAAUCACUGUAUGUGUUGUUCAAUCCUGUUCAGUCUAAUAAAAGAAACGAGUCGGAUAUUUUGUCGUUGACCAAUACGACUAAUACACAUGCGUAUUCAUCUGAUGCGGAAGAAGAUGAAGGGGAUGAAUCCGAGGAUGAUUAUUCAAUCCCAGAGCGAAGAGAGCUUGAUGAGGGCAGCACGACCCAAUUAUACACCCAACAGACAGAAGACCAUUUAUCGAACAAGAUCAAUAGUUGGUAUAAUUCAAAUAAUGCAUUACUUGAUGACCAACUACUAAUAAGCGACAAUGUAGCCAGUUGGAAUCUAGACGAGGCGGUAAUGGAUGAGAAUGUGACUAUUGAUAAGACUAAUCCAAAGGAUAAAACCAUUUUAAAAGCUUUUUAUGGGGAUGAAUUAUUCAAAUAUCUAAAUCCGGAUGAAAUUGCUAGAGUUAAAAAGUUUCAUAAGCUAACUGACAUAAAAGAUUAUCUUUUGGACAAGGAGAAUGAUUCUAGCACUAAUUACAAUUCACUAUUGAAUCAAAUUCUAUACAAGUUAUUGUUAUUAGACAAGCACAAUGACGAUGAUGAGACCGAUAUUGCACCAGAACCAGAAACAAUUUCCCAAUCACCUAGGUUUCUGGGAACAACAGAUUAUGUAAAUCACUUGAAAAGAACCCGAAAAAUUGCAAUACCUACCUUAGUAGAAGUUGGGACCUUCUCGGAAACUACCAACGGAUCUUCUUUAAUCAUGUGUGGAGGAGAAACAACAUCAUCAUGGAAUGAGAUAUGAUUUAAUGAUAGCUUAAGUAUUUUACAGAUAUGCUGCAACGCUUAAAGGUGAAAUUCGCAACCUAAGGCUGUAAACAACGGGUAUUGUUCUUAGCACGGCUUAGCAAAUAUAAUUAGCUACUGAAUUUUUCUUCUUUCAUUGUUCAGAUAAGUUGCUUGUCACGUUCAUUCACUUUCUAGCAUUUUCUAAAAAUAGACAAUUAGCGAAACUAUUUAGCCAUAAUGAUCUCGUACAAAUGUAGAUUAUUAUUUUUUGCGAGAAAAAAUUAAUUUAUCACAACCCG